UCUCCCCAGGCGAAGUUGGGAGCGAUGGGAGGGGAAGCGCUCAGUGCUGCAGCUGGACGGCGGAGCGGCUCGAGCUGUGCCGGGCACGACGAGAUGCUGCUCGUGACAGCGGGAUCACAGUAAUAAUGAGCGCGUUCAGUAAGUGCUGGGAUGGAUGAGGAAGGUUCCCCGUCAGCAGCGCAGGGUGGAAUAACAGCGUGCCGUUGCGCCUCCUGGCUCCGCGAUGGUGUCCCCUCUGCUAUCCGGACAGGGGACACUGGCGGAGAAGUGACACACCGGCCUCGGAAUUUGCACAGUUAUCAGUCUCAGAAUAGACGCGCAGGGGAGUAGAGGCGCCGUCAUGGAGAGGCAGAGCAGAGGCAAGGAGGAAAUGUCGACAUCGAAGGGGGAGAAGCGCAAAGAGAAGAAGCCGAAAUCUGGGAAGCUUUUCCGAAAGAAAUCGCUGAAGUCUGUGGGGAGUUUUAUGAACAGAAUCAUCAAAACUUUGGGCACUUUCACCCACUUUGGAGACGCUGACGUGCAUGACGCGGAGGACGACGAUGGGGGAUUUCGGAAUGGCGCACCUUGCACCCUCAGCGCCAGCUCGGGAAUCGUCAAAGAGGAUGUACAGGUGGCUUGGGAUCGCGUGGUGAAGAACACUUCGAGCACGUCUUCUUCUCUGUGCACCGGCAGAGAAAAACUCCUUCACCAAUACGGAGACAAAAUCCCAGGGGUUCUGGGGCUGAAGAACCACGGGAACACCUGUUUCAUGAACGCCGCCGUCCAGUGUUUGAGCAACACCGACCUGCUCGCAGAGUACCUGGGUUUGGAGCGAUACAAGCUGGACCUGAGUCAAACCAGAAUAAACGGGCUGGUGAGAAGUGAUGAGACGCGGCUUGCCAGGGGAGAAGUCACGGAGCAGUUGGCAUCCCUGGUCAGGGCUCUGUGGACUCUGGAGUACACCCCACAGCUGUCUGUGGACUUCAAGACUAUAGUGUCCAAGCAUGGAUCGCAGUUUCGUGGUAAUUCCCAACAUGACGCCCUGGAGUUCCUCCUGUGGCUGCUGGACCGCGUCCACGAAGACGUCAAUUUGGCCUCCCACAAUAACAACAACAAGAGCAAAGCUGCCGGAAAGGGCCCCGGUGGAGCUGAGGAGGUGCCGUCUCCUGACCCGUCCCAGUCCCAGCAGCCCAGAGUCCAGCACAGCUUUGUCCAGAAACAUUUCCAGGCACAAUACAAAUCUUCACUGACUUGCCCCCACUGUCUGAAACAAAGCAACACCUUUGACCCGUUCCUCUGCAUCUCACUCCCCAUUCCUCUUCGCCAGACCAGGCCGUUAUGUGUGAUUCUGGUGUUCAGCACCAAAGGACAGCGGUACCUGCGGGUCGGGCUGGCUGUGCCUCUGUUCGGCUCUGUGGCCUGCCUGAGGAGGAUGGUGGCUGACGAGGGGAAAAUUUCCCCAGACCAGGUGAUCCUGACAGAGGUUUACUCCACAGGGUUCCAGCGCUCCUUCUUUGAUGAGGAGGAUCUGACCAGCAUAGCUGAGAAUGAUGUCAUCUACGCCUUCCAGGCUCCGCCCCUCUACAUCAGAGGAGGCUCUGCACGGAUCUCAGGGUACCAUCACAGCCUCCCAUCAUCCCCAUACUCCACUGGACCAGAGGGUCAGAGGUUACCUUCAUCUGGGACAUUGUCGUCAGAGUUCCUCAACCAGGGUGUUCCCGUAAAGAUUCUGCUGUUGGUGUGCAACGCUGCAGGGGCAGGCCAACAGGCUGUUAGGUUUGGACCUCCAUUCCUAAUGAGGGAGGACCGGUCUAUUUCCUGGGACCAGCUGCAGCAGAGCAUCCUCAGCAAGCUUUAUUACCUGAUGAUCAAUGGAGCCCAGGCACAGAAUACCAGAGUGCUGUUCAACAUCCGUGUGGUGGGAGGGUCAGCAUUUUACAGCUACCUGUCACCUCAAGACGGGCGGCCACUUUACCACCCUGCUGUCGACAGAGUUCUGAAGCUCUGCGGCUCAGGAGGACCUCCACAUGUGAAGCUCAUCAUCGAAUGGGAGCACAGAAUCAAAGACUGCCUGUUUGGUAACAUUCAGGAGGAGGUGGUGAAGGAUGCAGAGAGCGUGAGGAAUCAGCAGCAGCAGCAUGUCCAACAGUACAGCUGCACCUUGGAUGAGUGCUUUCAGCUCUACACCAAAGAGGAACAGCUUGCCCCAGAUGAUGCCUGGAAGUGCCCCCACUGUAAGCAGCUGCAGCAGGGCAUGGUGAAGAUGAGCCUGUGGACGCUCCCGGACAUUCUCAUCCUCCACCUGAAGCGCUUCAGGCAGGUGGGAGAGCGGAGGAACAAGCUCACCACGUUCGUGCAUUUUCCCCUGGCGGGCCUGGACAUGACGCCUCACAUGGUGAGCCGCAACCACGGCACCCAUCAGCCCCCUCUGCAGCCUGGCUGGAAACAGUCCAGACGACCUGACUUGGCUCCUCCCGACUUCCUGUACGAUCUGUAUGCUGUGUGCAACCACCAUGGAGGAAUGCACGGCGGACAUUACACAGCCUUCUGCAGGAACUCAGUGGACGGCCAGUGGUACAGUUAUGAUGACAGCAGUGCUGAGCCGGUUCCAGAGGCGGAGGUGUGCACACGUGGAGCCUACAUCCUCUUCUAUCAGAGAAGAAACACCAUCCCUCCUUGGUCUGCCAGUUCCUCAGUCACCGGAUCCACCAGCUCAUCCACCUCUGACCACUGGCUGGUCCGGCUGACGGGAGGCAGCAAGAGGGGUAGUGUGGUGUCAGGAGGACCCAUCCCUGGACCUUCGGGGCCCAUACAGGCCCCAGAGUCUCCUGAGCUGCCAGUGUUUGGAGAUGAACCCCCCACAACAGUAGAAACAAAUGGGUUUGAAGCCAAGCCGUUUGUCCGUGGGACCCAAGGCAGGAGUGUAAGCAUGAGAUCACCAACUAAGCCCAAGGAGACUCUGAGCAAGGUUCUGCCAUUGCGGUGGUCUUUUGGCUCCAAGGACCGCAUUAAACACCCAGUCCAGACCCAGCCUGGAGAGCUGGUAGAGUACCUGGAGUCUGGGCGCCGGCCACGAUGUACCAAAGACCCUAUCAUAACAUUGGUGGCCACCCCACCACAAAGGAAUGCCCAGGGAAGAGCCUUUGAAGUAGGACAGGACUGCAGCUCACCUAGCGGUAGCAGUCUUAGUUAUACAGACAGACCUGGCUCCGACACUUGUUACUCCCCCAAAAUACCAGAGGGACAGAGCAGACCUUGCGUGGAGAGAAGCAUCAGCCAGGGAGUCAGUAACAGCAGCAGUGUCAAAGCCAGGGAUUAUGGUUCUCUGAGGCAGAGGUCAUCUAAGAGAGCGAGGCAGGACCAGGGCAGGACCCUGGACCUCCAGCUUCAGCUUCAGAGAGGGGCCAUUCUAGUGGGUCAUAUCAGCCACAGUGCACCUCCAAGCAGAGAUUCCACAUUGCGAAGGACCAAGAUCCAGACAGGCGUGACCUCCAGGGCACAAAAAGACUUGUUACAGAUGGUUAUUCAACCUGAGGACAGGAGGGGGCAGAGGGGACAGGAGGGUCGCAGCCACGACAGCCUCUUGUCUUUUUUCAAACCUGGUUUCAUGAAGAAAGACCUUCCUGGGUCACCAAUCAAGGGGCAAGACAGGCGUAUGAACGGCCAUGGACAGCUGGGAAAGCUGGCCAGCAGUAAUUUAGCCAAACUGUCCCUCUCCAAUGGAACGCUGACCACAGUGGCACCUGAAGAGAGGAAGGCCAGUGUCAUCCCGAGCUGUGACGCCCAUAACUGCAAAGUACAGCUAGUCAACGGAAAGGCUGGGAAUCACGAGCCUGCAGACAUUAAGCACGCUCACAGCUCCAGUAACAUCCAGACCAAGCUGGAUCUGACAUUUCGCAGGUGUGCCUCCCUGCAGAGGAACGGCGAAGUAGUGGCCCCUCCAGCCCAGCGCAUCCUGCUGUCAGACAAGCCCAGCUACGCCACUCUGCAGCGGACACGAUACAGUACCACCUCCCUGGUGCCUCUGUGACAGCCCAGAAUGACUGUUGAACACUUGGACCUCUCUACUGAUUUCUACACACGGCACCCAGAGAAGCUCCCAGCAGGAGGCAUCGCUGCAAAGAAAGUAUAUCUUCUCGCUCCCCUUCAUAGUACUGUUAUAAGUUCUUACCUGUGUGUGUCUUAAACUAAAUCUAUGCAGAGUUAAAUUCACUGAGGAGAAAUACUGCUGUAAUUUGACCUUUUUUUCCCCCCUUGUUUUGCUUUACAACACAGUCUACUGUUAAUACAUGGUUUUAAUUUUUGAGUUUAAGAUCAAUAUUUGAAAAGUGGAGGGUGAUUUGGUGAAUUUACAUGUAUUCAGCUCAUUAUACUUUCAUUAUACUGUUGAUCUCCUACCUUCCGAACAGAUAGUUCGGAAGGUAGGAAAUCAACCUGCAAACGUGGCUGUUUAAAGUGGUAUGCAUUGGAAUCCAUUCAGAACGUACACUUUACCAAUUUACAGAUAAUGGGCUAAAACAUGUGAAAUUGUUAAACACUGCAAAAAGUUCUAACACCUGCACUGUAAAUCGGCUGCUAUAGCAACAUACAUCAUAUGCUUUGUCAUUUACUAUCAUUUUCAUGUUAUAUUACCAAUGCACUUUCUUUUUUUUUAUCCAUAUUUUGCUAUAUGACCAGAGCUUAUAUGCUAAGAUGCAUUGCUAAUGUAGGGAUAAUUACACUGUACCAAAAUCUGUGUUUCAGGCAUUGAUUGAUAAGACAAUUAAUCUACAACUUGUAACCAACAGAUUGGAUUGUGGAUGUACACUAGAUGAAAUAUGUAAAAGAAAUCUCCUAACUAACUCAGUUUUUAACUCCGUUUUUAAACAUUUUCAAAAGGUAACAUAGAAUUGUGAAAACCCCUUCCCUCGAAAUUGCUUUCUCCGGUUUUUCUUCAGGUGUGUUCUGUGGAUGGAUGAUGAAGAGUUUUUGGCUACAUCUGAAAACAGCAGGUGGGAUUGUUCGGUCGAAAAAGAUAUUAGCCACCCCAGAAACUUGCAGAGCAACUAAAGAGGGAUUUUGUAUUUCAACCUCUGCUGAAGUCUGGUUUGAAUUCUUACUGAUAAAAUGCCAACAUUAACAGGACCAGAUGCAAAAGCAAAGCUCAGUUUGAAGCAGUUUUCUCAUUUGGGAUUGAACAGAGGAUUCACACCAUGUGCACACAAACACACUCACACACACACACACACACAGUUAUUCUUUCUCUGCAGCCACAGGAGUCCUAAUGGUAAUCAUGCUUUGUCACAUUCACAUAAACUGUAAUAAAGUCGUCACCACAGAGUCAUGUUCCUGCAGCAUAUCUAAUGUAUAUUUAAUUCACACUCAUGAGUCAUAUUCACCGUUUCUGUUUCUCUUUUGUUUACUUCUGCAUUGUAAAUUUGUCACUGGGGAUUAUUAGGGAAUGUAAAAGUGAGAGUCCUGAUUCUUUGCCAACACUGUAACUGUGUCCAUGUUUCAUGUUGUGUCAUUUAGCCUUGCUAUUUAACAACACUCUUUACCAAAAUGAAAUGAUAGUACAUGAAGGAUGUUUUUGAGACAUGAUUUGGGAAAUAUGGCUAGAUUAUAUUUUAUUAUUAACUUUUUUAAAAGUCUACAUUUUGUACCUGAUGUGUAAUUAUGUAAUUUAAGUACCAGAUUAAAACUGUAUGUUUCAGGUUCCUGUAUAAGGUCAGAUUAAUACGUACUGUAAGUGGGAUUAAAUUGGACACAACACACAGAAGUCCCUGUACUGGACUGUCUAUAAUGUCUGCUUAAUGUACUGCAAGUUUUAUGGAUUGCAAAUUAAACACAGCUUUUCUCACAAAUGAA